AUGGACCCGAAAUGUCUACCAGCUUUCAAGCACAGUCCCUUGGACCUUACCUGCAACAGCAUGCGGCUCCUAAGUGUUCUACCAAGGCGCCCAGGAGCCGCAAUCCGUGGCCAACUGAGUCACUUUUGCAUUCCCGAAAACAGAACUGACCUGAAAUAUGUUGCUCUCUCGUAUGAAUGGGGCCGCAGAGAUGGCCCUCGGCGUCUUAUUGAAAUCAACGGGAGGAAGUUUGAAAUUCAGGAAAAUCUGUUCCACUUUCUGGAAUCUCACGGAGAAGCUGGGAUACCGAAUCUAUGGGUAGAUGCCAUCUGUAUCGACCAGGAUGACGUUCGAGAGAAGAACCACCAAGUUCAGCUCAUGAAAGACAUUUACGGCAGAUCCUCACAGGUGAUCAUUUGGCUUGGCCCAGGGGACCGCCAGAGUGAUGACCUCUUCGACUAUUUGAAUAAGCUCACCGAACCGAGCCUAACGUUCCUGGAGGCAGGAUUCUUUCUCGAUGCCGACGCCAAAUAUGCACAGGCGGCUUUCCAAUUGUGCCAGAGAACGUAUUGGACAAGAGCAUGGAUCGUUCAGGAAGCCCUACUUGCCUGUAGCAUUGAGCUUACCUGUGGUGAGAAGAGAAUGGACUGGACGAGGUGGGCUCGAUACAUCGACAUGAAAGCAAACAUAUCAGAAAACGCAAUGGAUCCAUCGUAUUGGCCUCAUAGGCCGUCCGCGUUGGGUAUCAGGUAUUCUAUGGCUUUCACACUUUGCCAGCAGCGAAUAGCCAGGACUAACACCAUUGCUACAUACGAUCUAGCUUCAACUGUGCUGGCUUUUGCUGAAUCAGACUGCUGGGACAUACAUGACAAAGUCUACGCGUUCCUUGGGUUGGCUUCUAACGCGGAAGAAAUCGCCGUUGAUUACCAAAGGCCAAUGGAAGAGCUUUUCAUGGCAGUUCUUGCAGCCACUGAUGCCAGGCUUUCAGACGACGAUAUUUCUAUCCUGCGCACAAAACUUGGAGUUGCAUCGUCCUUUAUGGCCGAAGCUAUCAAGACACAAACUCAGCCACCGUUGACGGUUUAUCGAACGAGAGAAAAAAGGAUCCUCUCCAAAAAGCGUGAGGAAUCAAAGAUCCUCAUCAUAGAGCCUAAUGAGAUUGAAGUAAUAUUGAAUCCAAAUUGGAUGGCCAAGCUGACGACUGAGGAGUUCCAUUUUUCAAUCUUUCCAACAAGGUCUCUGCAAUAUGUAGGAGGGAAAAACACUGCGCAUGUUUGUGGAUGCCCACUGUGCAAGUCUUUCAAAACCAAUUUUCAUCAGCAACUGAAGGAAUUGCACAAAACAGGGGCAUUGCGUAUCUACGCCCUCACCAUGCAACAGCAUGCCAAACACCAGACACACCUGUUCUUGAGUGCGGGUGGUCAAUAUAUCGCCACAGGGACUUUGAAAAUCAUGGGAGGGCCGUCCAACAGCUUCUGGUCCGACAUGAUCAUCUUAUGCGAUCCACCCCUCCGCGUUUCCGAUAAUUCAACGGAGGUUGUGCUAUCGCUGCAACAGAGGCUCAAUGUAAUAGAGCAUCAGGAAAUGAGGUCAUACCCAAGCUACAGGAGUCUGCCUAGAUUGGUUUGA